AUGGGCAUGAGCCCUGAAUCAGGUGUUGGACAAAUUUCAGAAGAAGAGGAGGAGGAGGAGGAGCUGCAUCCAGAAGGCAAUGGGGUGGUGCAACCAGAGAGCAGCCAUACCAGAAAGGAAGAGGCAGAUGGUGUUUCAGCAGAGGAGCCAGGAAUGGAACUCAACCCAGCAGAGCAAAAUGCACCUGAAUCCCCAGAGCCUCCGAUUGUAGAGGGAAUGCAGCCAGAGAACAGUGAUGACAAGGAAGAGGGAGAGGCUGUGCCUACAGAGGACCCAGGAGAGAGACUCAUCCCAAAAGAGCAAGAGGUCUCAGGGGCCAUGGAGCAGGAGAUCUUGGGGGCCACAGAGCAGGAGGUCGGGGGGGCCAUGGAGAAGGAGGUUGCGGGGGCCACGGAGCAGGAGGUCUCGGGAGCCACAGAGAAGGAGGUUGCGGGGGCCACGGAGCAGGAGGUCUCAGAAGCCACAGAGCAGGAGGUCUCGGGGGCCAUGGAGCAGGAGGUCGCAGGGGCCACAGAGAAGGAGGUUGCGGGGGCCACGGAGCAGGUGGUCUCUGAGGUCAUCUUUGGAGAGGAAAAAGCCGAAGAGGUUUCCUCAGACCAAGUGGAAGUGGAUAAUCUUCCUCCCAAACUGCCUGACAUGGAGCAGCCAGUGAGAGACAGCUGGACCAGAUCCCGCACGUCCUCAGGAGCUAGCACCCAGAGGUCUGCAUUAUCAGUGCACACGGAGAUUCAUGCUGAGUCAGGUGACAUUGGGGUAGCCAUCUCCUCUCCGUAUUCAGACUCUGCGUUUCAGCAGUUUAACCAGCACUUCAGCAGGCCUGGCAGUGAGGAAGAGAAUGAAAGUCUACAUUAUGCAGCUGAAAUAGAGGGCAGUGAGGAAUCGGAGGAGGAAACACAGCUGAUUGUCUUGGACCCAGAACACCCCCUGAUGAGAAGAUUCCAAGCUGCCUUAAAGAAUUACCUUAGUAAACAGAUGGAAAAAGUGACCAUGGAGCUUCGGGAGCUGACGGUGGCCACAAAGCAGGGUAAGGUGCAGAGGGAGGAUCUGGGAAUGGUCCUUUAUGGGGUCCAGCAGCAGCUGGCCCGGCUGCAGAUGGAACUGGAGAAGAACCAGGACCGAUAUUCUCAGAUAGCCAUGGUGCGUCGGCAGCUAGAGGAGGAGCUGCAGGACAUCAGAAAUUUGUACAAGAAAACAUGUCAGAGCACUGAGGAUGAACGCAAGAAAGUUUCUGUAAUGCAGACCGAGGUGGAAAACCUGGCCUUGCGUCUGUUCUAUAUGCAGAACAUGGACCAGGAUGUGCGUGACGACAUCUCUGUGAUGAAACGGGCAGUGAAGAAGGCUGAGGCAGACAGGAACCAGGCUGAGGUGGAGAAGAAAAAACAGGAUCUGCUUGUAGACCGCUUAACCAGGAAGUUCAAUGAACUGCAGGAGCAGAUUGGUCUGUAUGAAGCUCAAUUUAUUGCCCAGGCUGAAGACACAAAAAUAACACGAAAAGCAGUGAAUGAGGCUUGUAUGGAGAUACAAACUAUUAACAUGGAGAAGAAGCAACUGAUGCAUCAAUGGGAUAGCAGUUUGACUGGGAUGAAGCGACGAGAUGAAGCCUACUCUGCCAUGCAGGAGGCACUAAGGCAGUCCAAGCACCAGCUCAAGUCCUUAGAGACAGAGAUCCAAGUCUACAAGAAGUCAGUCACGAAGGAGGAAGAGAGGAACGAGCUGCUUGCCAGCAUCUUGAACCGCUCGGAGAAUGAUGCCAACAUGAGCAAGAAGCUGAUUGCCCAGUGCACGGCCAAACAGGAUGCCCUGAAAGUUGAAUACAGCACAUACACCCGCACGCUACAUGAGACAGAGCAAGCCCUCAGCAGGGCCAACUCGGACCGGGCUGCUCGGAUGAAUGAGCGGCAGGCCAUCAGUAAGGAAAUAGAGAAAGAGACUGAAGCCAGACAGGAGUUGGAGAAUCAGAUCAUGGCAAAGCUGCAGGAUCAGCUGAUGUCCAGCAAAGCAGCAAAAUAUUUUUCCCAACUGGCUGCUAAACUUCAUAAGAGAAAGCUGGAUCUGGAGCUGCAUUUUUCCAAAGUUGAGAAUGACACAGCCCAGGUCAUUCUGGACACAACUCACACCAACUGCAGGCUCUCUAUGCUCCAAAAGACAUUCUCUGAGCUGGACAAGGAAAUGAAAAAUAUCAAUGACCUGAUCAACCGCAGUGAGAAUGAGAUCGCCAAGCGCAAUCUCCUGAUCGAGCGCAAGCAGGGGGUCGUCAACCUGUUCAACAAGAAAAUGGAGAUGAUGAUUUCCCAGUUGGGGGGCCAAGAACUGGGACCCUUGGAAGUUGAGAUCAACACGCUGACCAAGCAAAUAGAUGAAUACAACUCAGAGGUGAUGACACUGCAGAAGUACUGGCUCAGGCUGCAGAAAGAGCUGGUCAAACUGACCCAGGAGCGGGAAGAGCAGCUCGCCUCCCUGGAUAUGUUGAAGAAACAGAUCACCAUCAUGCAACAAAAGAAAGUGCGCACGGAAAAUGAAAUCCAGCAGGAGAAGAACGAGCAGAAAGACAUUGAACGCCACAUGAGGAACAUGGCCAAUGACUUGAUGAAACUCAACAUGUUAAUCAACAAGAACAGCCACAACUCGGAGGAGCUGCAGCAUGGCAACACCAUCAUAGAGAAUGAGUUUGUCCGCUCGCUCAAGGCAGCAGAGAGAGAGUCGAUUGAGAUGCAGGAGAAGCUGGACCGACUGCAUGAGGAGAAAGAGAGACUCCUAAACAGCCUGGUGGAAGCAGAGCAUCAGAUCAUGCUAUGGGAGAAAAAGAUCCAGCUGGCCAAGGAGAUGCGUGCUGCAGUGGACUCAGAGACAGGGCAAGGCGAGAUCCGAGCCAUGAGAACAGAGAUCCAUAGGAUGCAGGUCCGCUACAGCCAGCUGACAAAGCAGCAGGAGAAGAUGAUUCGAGAUAUGGAGGCCGCUGUCUCCCGCAGAGAGACCAUCAUGAUUCGGGGGGAGGGCCAGAGCAAAAUGGAUAAGAAACAUUUCACCAAGAGCGACUUCCACCACAAGACACAGGAGCUGCGGAAGAAGAUCAAGGAAACCCAAAAGAAUGCUCAAGACUGCAACAGAACCAUCACAGAGCUGGAGAACACCCAGAAAUCUCUCAGCAUCAGCCUUCUGGAAAAGCGGCAGCAGGUCUCCAGUUUGCAGGCUGAGACUGAUGUCCUUGAUGCAGACAUAGAGCGGCUUCAGGACAAGAAACGUUGGAACCUUUCAGAAAUUGUGGCCUAUCAGACUCGGCAGAAGCAUCUGCAGGCGGUGAAGGACGGGAAGUAUACCCCACUCUGCCGCACCCCGCAAGCCCUGCAGAAGGAGCAGCGGAAACAGCAGGACCGGCUGCACACCAUUAAUGUCAUCAUCCAUCAGAUUCAGCAGGAGUAUCCUCAGUCCCAGAGGGUGCUGUGCUGGUUCAGCCAAGCCCUGGACUCCAGGCUUGGGUCACAGGAAGCGGAAUAGGCAGAAGCACAGAGCCAGAGCUGAAUAAAGUCUCUUUUGACAAAUAUUUUCACAAAUAAAUACAGUAUAAGCUUUUA